AUGGCACCCAUCACAGACGAGGCCGUCAACGGUCUGAAGGAUAUGAUUGGAAAGCUUGAGGCUCGUGUCCAGGAACUGGAGGGCCGUCUCGUUGGAGAUCUCAAGCCCAAGUCGACCGCCGAGCAGAUGCGCAUCAUCCUGAUGGGUCCUCCCGGUGCAGGCAAGGGCACUCAGGCACCGCGUUUGAAGGAAAAAUACUGCGUGUGCCAUCUGGCCACCGGUGAUAUGCUGCGCUCACAGGUCGCUAAGAAGACUGAGCUCGGAAAGGAGGCUAAGAAGAUCAUGGACCAGGGUGGUCUCGUCAGCGAUGAGAUCAUGGUCAACAUGAUCAAGAGUGAGCUUGAGACCAACUCAGAGUGCAAGAACGGUUUCAUCCUGGAUGGUUUCCCUCGUACUGUUGCUCAGGCCGAGCGUCUGGACGAUAUGCUUGAAGCCCGCAAGCAGAAGCUCCAGCAUGCUGUUGAGCUGCAGAUCGACGAUGCCCUGCUCGUCGCUAGAAUCACUGGACGUCUCGUCCACCCCGCCUCUGGACGUUCGUACCACAAGAUCUUCAACCCCCCCAAGAACGAGAUGCUCGACGACAUCACCGGCGAGCCUCUGAUCCAGCGCUCUGACGACAACGCUGAGACCCUGAAGAAGCGUCUUUCGACCUACCACGCCCAGACUGCCCCCGUUGUUGACUAUUACAAGAAGACCGGCAUCUGGAGAGGCAUUGACGCCAGCCAGGAGCCUGGCCAGGUAUGGAAGAGCCUUCUCGGUGUUUUCCAGAAGUAG